AUGUGUAAGGGUGAAUUUCGCGAACUUGACCCGUUACACAAACUGUCUUCCCUACGACUUGACCCCCAACGGACUCUUGAUCACGUACAUCAUGACAUUACUUACCAAAGAAGCGACGAUGAUUUUUCCACGGAGUCUCAAAGCCUGUGUGAAGCAAAGACUUCAUCGACUUUGGACCCCAUGCCAAGACCAGUAAAAUUCGGACAUCCUAUCGUUCCACGGACAAAGUAUUGA